GAUAACGUGGAGAGGGCUGACGCUCUACAGCUGUCGGUGGAAGAAUUUGUAGAGCGGUACGAAAGGCCCUACAAGCCCGUGGUUCUGCUCAACGCACAAGAGGGCUGGUCCGCGCAGGAGAAAUGGACUCUGGAGCGCCUCAAAAGGAAAUACCGGAACCAGAAGUUCAAGUGCGGUGAGGAUAACGACGGCUACUCGGUGAAGAUGAAGAUGAAGUACUACAUCGAGUACAUGGAGAGCACCCGUGAUGACAGCCCCCUUUACAUCUUUGACAGCAGCUACGGCGAACACCCCAAAAGGAGGAAACUUUUGGAAGACUACAAGGUGCCCAAGUUUUUCACGGAUGACCUUUUCCAGUACGCAGGGGAGAAGCGCAGGCCCCCUUACAGGUGGUUUGUGAUGGGGCCACCACGUUCUGGAACCGGGAUUCAUAUUGACCCUCUGGGAACGAGUGCCUGGAAUGCCUUAGUUCAGGGCCACAAGCGUUGGUGUCUGUUCCCCACAAGCACUCCCCGAGAACUCAUCAAGGUGACCCGAGAAGAAGGGGGGAACCAGCAAGAUGAAGCCAUUACCUGGUUUAAUGUUAUUUAUCCACGGACACAGCUUCCAACCUGGCCACCUGAGUUCAAACCCCUGGAGAUAUUACAGAAACCAGGAGAGACUGUCUUUGUGCCAGGGGGCUGGUGGCAUGUUGUUCUCAAUCUUGACACCACCAUCGCCAUCACCCAGAACUUUGCCAGCAGCACCAACUUCCCUGUUGUGUGGCACAAGACGGUAAGAGGGAGGCCAAAGCUGUCAAGGAAGUGGUACAGAACAGAUACAGCACGGGCAGCGGCAGUGCCAGCCACCCCCAGCCACCCCGUGCCACUGUGUCCCAACCCUGACCUGGAGGGACCAGCUCUCGGGCACCUCUUGCCCUUCAGGGUCUUGAAGCAGGAGCACCCUGAUCUGGCCGUGCUGGCUGAUGCCGUUGACCUCCAAGAGUCUACAGGCAUCGCUUCUGACAGCUCCAGCGACUCCUCCAGCUCUUCCAGCUCCAGCUCCUCUGACACAGACUCAGAGUGUGAGUCUGGGUCUGAAGGUGACGGCACAGCACACCGCAGGAAGAAGCGGAGGACGUGCAGCACGGUGGGAAAUGGGGACACUACCUCACAGGAUGACUGCGUGAGCAAAGAACGCAGCUCCUCCAGGUGACCCGCUGUGGCAGCUGUCUGUGCAAGGAUGUGCUCGCAGCCAUGGGCGAGGCCCAAGCCUGGGGAGGGCAGCCCAUCGGAAUUCGCAGAACCAGGCAGAGCUGACCCCGGAGAACGAGGACACUCAGAGUGGGAUUGGUAGCAUUUGGUACAGUGGCUUUUUGUCCAUGGUCGUGUCUUAUCAUAAGGGCAAAGGUGUGGGUGGUGCCAUGAGCGCCCUUUCCCUAUUUAAUAAAAACAAUCCAUUUUAUAUCUUG